UUUUUUCAAGAGUCAGCAAAUAUAACAAAGCUGUUUGAGAUCUCUUGGUCAGCACCAUGGGGCGGCUGGAUGGGAAGAUCAUCCUCUUGUCUGCGGCAGCACAGGGCAUUGGCCGAGCAGCUGCUAUUGCUUUUGCUAAAGAAGGAGCCCAAGUCAUUGCUACAGACAUCAAUGAGUCUAAACUGCAAGAACUGGGGAAAUAUCCAGGCAUUCACAUACGAGUUCUGGAUGUCACCAAAAAGGAGCAAAUAGAAAAUCUGGCCAAGGAGAUUGAAAAGAUUGACGUCCUCUGUAACAUUGCAGGGUUUGUUCAUCACGGAACCAUUCUGGAGUGUGAGGAGCAGGACUGGGACUUCACGAUGAACCUCAAUGUUCCCAGCAUGUAUCUCAUGAUCAAGACGUUUCUUCCAAAGAUGCUUAAACAGAAAUCUGGAAAUAUUAUAAAUAUGUCUUCUGUGGCAUCCAGCAUCAAAGGAGUUGUGAACAGGUGUGCCUACAGUACUUCAAAGGCAGCAGUUAUUGGGCUAACAAAGGCUGUGGCUGCUGAUUUCAUUGAACAAGGCAUCCGAUGCAACUGCAUAUGUCCUGGAACUGUGGACACACCAUCUUUACAGGAAAGAAUCCAAGCCCGACCUAACCCAGAACAGGCAUUGAAAGAUUUUCUAGCCAGACAGAAGACUGGCAGAAUGGCUAUUGCUGAAGAAGUGGCCCAUCUCUUUGUGUACUUGGCCUCUGAUGAAUCUGCCUGUGUGACUGGUAAUGAACUAAUCAUCGAUGGAGGAUGGAGCUUGUGAUUGACUCUACCUGCAAAUGGAAAUUCAUACUAUGAUGGUAUGGGCAAAAAAUAAGGAUGGUGUUUCUUGCAAAGAUUGAGAUCAUGCAUGUGAUGUCUUUCCAAACAAAUUUGCUGCUAUCUCUCUCUAGAUUGAUCUUACUGAUUAGCUUUUCCUUAAAUAGAGAAACACUGGAGUAAAACAUACUUCAUGUGGCUUCAACUUACGGCAACUCCAAAAGCAUGAAAGAACAGCAGUUUAAUGUUUAAGAUUUCAAGAGGCCAAAAAUUUAAUUUAAGUUAGAAAAUCUGAGUUGUAUUUUAAGCAAAAUCUGAAUGAAAGGAAUUAACUAUUAUCUUUAUUCUCAUAUUACAAGGUAUUUGGAAAUUAAAUACUCACAAUUAGAUUUUCAUGUACAGGAACCACUAUGUAAGGGCAGUAUUCCAGCAGGUAUAGAUGGGGGUGAUGUGUGAGAGUAUUCUUAAAUACAUGGUUGGAUCUUCAUGAAUAUGCUUCACUUGUAGCACAAAAGCAAAAGGAGUGGAUUUUACCACUCUAGAUGGAGCCAAUAUACUCCUCUCCAAAACGACAUACUAAUACUGGACAAAUUCUAUAAAAUCUGUUGCUAGGUGCUACACUUUGGUGCUCUAUGCUUUAUUCUCAAGUACCAAUACAGUUCACACUAAAGCACAAGGCAGAAUUUCUCUGCAAAGGACUGUUUCUACAUGAGUAUGUGCUAAUGUUUUUAUUGUGAUAGCACAUGGUAGGUUUGAUUCAUGAAAUAGAAACCUAUUAUUGUCAAGUUUCAUAACUCUGCGAAAAAACAAAGGUCCUGACCCAGAGAUAUAAGGCAAUGAAUAACUUGAAUUCACAAUGUUUUGCUGACAUGCUGCUUAAAACUUACAUGAACUACAUGUCUAACUGCCUAUAAACAUGGUCACCUUUAACAUAGCUCCAUUUAUCUAAUUCAUAAAUGAAACUCCAUGUAAUUUAAUACAUAUGUGAUGGAGGAAUUAAGGACUAAAUGCUACUGAAUACUAUUAAUCAGUAAUCAAAGCACAGAAAAAAUGUACAAUAUUGUGUGUGUGUUUCUGUUACAACAACUGCCAUGUUUAUAAAAUUAUUGUUUAAGCUUUUCAGUAUCAGCUGAAGCAUUAACAUAAAUUAUUUGAUUUCAAAGAUAAUGAAACACAUCCAGUUAAAAUCUUGCCUCUUAUUUUAAAAUAAUUGUAUGUAAAUAUAAAUUUUACAAAAGAGAAAAGUAUUGUGGAUAAUGACUUCUUAGCCAAUAGUUAAGUGGUUUAACAUUUACCUUUAAUCACGGUUGGAGCAUUCUGACCUUGUGUAGUUUGUUUAUGGGGUUUUAGAGAAUCUCGUAUUUCAAUCAAGUGACCUUGGCAGCCAAGCAGGAUCAAGUUGAGGAACAAAUCCAAAGUUAUCCAAAAUGGCUCCAAAAAUGUUCACUGACAUAAAUUCAAAUACUAAAAAUUGAGGCUGGCAGGACAUGGUUUCUAUGAUUUCAGAGUUUAAUACGAAGGCCAAAGUCCUUCUUUUGUAGUAGGUACAGAAGGCUUACCUUGAAAAGAGAAUAUUUCCCCACUGCAAUAACACAUGGAAAAUGUAUUGUGUAUUCUAAAAAUAUAAUUAAGAAUCUGAGACAAAAUUCAUUAUACUUACUGCAUAUUGACCAUCAUUGCUUACUUAAAGUUUCUAAGCUCGCUUAGAAGUGAUUGUAGGAGACUGUAGUGUACAGUAUACACAAAAUGGCUGCAUGCCAUUUUGACAAGUGCCUGUCAAAGCACUUGUGCAGGAAAAUAAGUACCACCUGCCUUUAAAUUGCACUAAAGGCACAAGGGGCUUUUUUAGUGGUAAGCCAAGAAUCUGGUGGGCCAGACAAGUAAAAAUCAGCAGAGCUUGCUGCCUCUUGCCUUGUUAGCAUUGUUUUUCAUGGAGGUGCUAACAGUUGCAACUCUGAAAUGUGUUCUGAUGUCAUGAGGUUUUUCAGCAGAUUUGUAGGAAUAAUUAAAGGAAAAUGCUUCUUAAUGCUCUUGUGACCUAAUUCCCUGGUCUGUUUUAAAUGGAACUGGGUAAUUCUCUUUGUUUUCCUUCCACCCCAGUGAUAACAUAAAGAGGCUUUUUGACUUUUAAGAUUCUAGGUCAAACUUUUCUGUUGUGGGGGAGGGAGGAAUAGACUUCCCUGAUUCCGGGUCCUUCUGGAAAAUUUAAUCUGAUCAAAAAAUGCCUUCAUUUUCUCUUGGAUUUGUAGUCAGCUUAGUUCUGUGUGAUGAUACCAGGAGCAAAGUAGCAACAUGUGGCAUUUGACUCUGCUUUCACAUGCAUUCAGUGCAGCUUGCAAAUUUAGGGUUGAGAAAAAGAGAAGGUUUGUCUCAUUACAUCAUGUGCACUUACAAAUGAGGUGGAUCAACUUGCUUUGUCUUGAAGAAGUUGAAAUGCCGGGAUGGGAACAACAUAAAUAUGCGAGUUGUGUUUGUUUGGGGUGGUUUUGGGGAUUGGCUGGUUGGGGUUUUUUUAAAUUGUGCUGCCUGCCCCAGUUUAUUUUGUCUGUGCGCACCCAGAGCAGGAUGAAGCAACAGCUCCUUACCCUUUCCUUGCACCAAAUCUCCAGCU